GGUAUUUUUUAGAUUUUCUAAUUUUUUUUUUUUUUUUUAAAUCCCACUCUCCCCCCCCCCCCCUCACUUCACCCAUUUUUUUUUGGGGGGGGGGUCUCAGUAAUAAUGGAAGGGCAGAGGGGAUUCUGCGCCGGGAGUGGUUUUUGCAGAGGGGGAAGUUGCUCCCUUUUCCGGGCAAGUGACAGAAACACGCGAGAAGCCCUCAGGAGCCAGAGAGGCGAUGGACGGCUCUCAGGUUGGGACAAUAUUUCUCAGCCAACAGAUAAGCGAAGGCUUAUCUCUCCUUCCCCAAAAUUCACACCCAUGCCACAGAAAUGGACGUCAAAAGGGGAGAAAAGCCAAAAUCCAGCAGGCCUCCCCCCUUCCCCCAGAGCUCUCUCAGUGUGGAAGAAACCACCCCGAGCCAUGAGGGCGCUGGAAAGAGGAUUUGGGAGCGAACCAGUGACGAAUCCUCACGGCCCCGAGCCCGCCUUUCCUCCUCCUCCUUGGGAGUCCUGGAGUCUUCGCAGUUCUUCUCCUGUCCCAAACUCGGCCGCGGCCUCGGCUUGGCUGGAGCAGCGCUCGGGGAAGCGGUCAGCUCCCACCAGCCAGCUGGAGCGGGGCCGUCACGUGGCCUCGGGGUGCCAAUGUUCUGCCAGAGGGGUGUCAAGACCCUGGUAGCCCGGAAAACCCUCGCGGAAGAUGCAGAAGGCCUCGUACUACGACAGCUCCACGCUCUUCGGGGGUUACUCCUACGGCAGCGCCGCCGCCGCCAAUGGCUUCGGCUACGAGGGCGCCCAGCAGCCCUUCCAGGCCUCGUCCCACCUGGAGAACGACUUCCAGAGGUCCGCCUGCUCCCUGCAGUCCCUCGGCAGCGCCGCCGCCCAGCACGGCAAAAAUAAAGAGCUCAACGGCAGCUGCAUGCGGCCCGGUUUGGCCCCGGAGCCGCCGGGCUCGCCCAACGCCGGCAGCAGCGCCAACGGCGCCGCGGGCGGCGGCAACGGCCAGGCCGGCGGCGGAGGGAAGGGAGCCCCCGGAAAAGCCAAUCCCGGCGCCGGCAUCUCCAAGCAGAUCUUCCCCUGGAUGAAGGAGUCGAGGCAGAAUUCCAAGCAGAAGAACGGCUCGCCCAGCGCAGAAACCUGCAGCAGCGGCGAGAAAAGCCCCCCGGGCUCCUCGGCCUCCAAGAGGGCGCGCACGGCCUACACCAGCGCUCAGCUGGUGGAGCUGGAGAAGGAGUUCCACUUCAACCGCUACCUGUGCCGGCCGCGGCGCGUGGAGAUGGCCAACCUGCUGAACCUCAGCGAGCGCCAGAUCAAGAUCUGGUUCCAGAACAGGAGGAUGAAGUACAAAAAGGAUCAGAAAUCCAAAGGCCUGGGCUCUUCCUCCGGAGGGCCUUCCCCGGCGGGCAGCCCCCCGCAGCCCAUGCAGGCCUCGGCGGGCUUCCUCAACGCCCUGCACCCCUUGAGCGGCGCCUACGAGGCGCCGUCGCCGCCUUCCUUCAGCAAACCCCACCAAAACGCCUACGCCGCCGCCGGCUACCAAGCGCCCCUCAAGGCUUGCCCCGGCCAGCAGAAAUACGCCGGCGGCGGCGAGUACGAGCCGCACGUCCUGCAGGCCGACGGCGCGGCCUACGGGACCCCCGGCAUGCGGGGCAGCCCCGCGUACGGCGGGGGGAACUUCGUGGAUUCUCUGCCCGCCCCGGGCCCGUCCCUCUACGGCCUCAACCACCUGCCGCAGCACCAGGACUACGGCGGCGCGGCGCCCGGGCAGCCCCACGGACCGUGCGAGGGCCACGCCGCCUACGCGGAGCUCUCGUCGCACCACGCCGCUUCUCAGGGCAGAAUCCAAGAGGCGCCCAAGCUCACCCACCUGUGA